GACUUUACUCUUUAGGCAUAGAAAAGAAGUCUCUUCGGGCAACCGCUCCUCAGUAGCAGAGUCUUCAAUUUUGUACAACGAAACAACCAAUAAUGGCUGCUGCUUCUCUUUCUCUCACUAUGAACCCUACCGUCGCCACAACCCCCAAACCUAAACUUGUCACCUUCUUAUCUCACUCAAUCAAGCUCAUUUCCACCUCCGGAACGCCCUCUAGGUUCCCCUCUCUCAUUUCACAGCAGCCUUCACUUUCCACCGGUCUUGCCUCUGCUUUAACCACAUGUGCCGCCGCCGCCUCCCCCUUUUCUUCAACCACCACCGACACCACCUUCCAUGGUCUCUGCUAUGUGGUCGGCGACAACAUCGAUACCGAUCAGAUCAUCCCUGCCGAGUACCUUACCCUCGUCCCCUCCAAGCCUGACGAGUACGAUAAACUGGGUUCCUAUGCUCUUAUCGGGCUUCCAUCCUCCUACGAAAAACGAUUUGUGGAGCCCAAUGAGACGAAGACCAAGUACUCGAUCGUAAUCGGAGGUGACAAUUUCGGGUGCGGGUCAUCGCGUGAGCACGCACCGGUUGCACUAGGCGCUGCGGGGGCUAAGGCGGUGGUGGCACAAUCUUAUGCCAGAAUAUUUUUCAGGAAUUCGGUUUCGACCGGAGAGAUAUAUCCGCUAGAAUCGGAGGUGAGGAUCUGUGAGGAGUGCAGGACAGGUGACGUGGUCACGAUUGAAUUGGCAGAGUCUCGGUUGAUAAAUCACACGACAGGGAAGCAGUACAAGUUGAAGCCCAUUGGGGAUGCCGGGCCUGUGAUUGAGGCCGGAGGUAUUUUUGCCUAUGCUCGUCAGACUGGUAUGAUCACGGCCGAACUGGCUGCUUAGGAUUCUCAAGGUUCAGAAGCAGGAACGGAAAGCAUUAUGCUUCCUUCUUCUGUGUCAUUAGCUAGCUGGUGAAAUGCUCAAACAUCAAAUGCUGUCUUCCAGAUGUCAUGUUAUAACGCCUAUUAAAGCAUUGUUGUUUAACUAAUUGCGUCAAAAUUUAUUAGGAGUGUGUUAGUUGAUUCUUACUGAAAGAAUUAGUGACAGGAAGAUUCCGGCAAGUUGCAACUUGUAAUGAGAUUGACAGUGAAGACACGAUGUUGAUGACAGUAAGCAAGUUUCUGUUAUUAGGGUCAAUAGAUUUAUAUGAAUGUGUAUAAGCUGAGCUCUGCUCUGUUUGAGCUCAUGUAUUAAGAAAUUAAGCUCUGACCGAGCUUUCAACAUUGCUGUAUAAGCUUGGCUCAUUUGUGAUGAGCUACUUGUUCAAGAGUAAUUGUGGAGAUUAUUAGCAAGUUUGCUGGCAAGUUGUUUAUCCUCUGUGAUUGAAUGUACUCUUCUCCUCUAGCAAAACUGCAAAACAAAAGAAUACUAAAGUACAGAACUAAUUUAUUGUUUAUUCAACACUGAAUAUAAAAUAAAUUUUG